UUAUUUUGAAGUUGUUACUCUCUAGUUACUUUUAUUUAGUCGCACUUUAGUCACCUUACAUAUUUCUAAUUGGUUACUCAGUACCGGUGUACCUAACUUCUGGGUUGUUGUAAUAAGUGUGUUAGUACGAGCAAAGAGUGGAUCAAAUGAACUUUCGUUUCAAGUUUCUACUUUUUUUUUAGUGUUUUUUACGAUGGCAAAAAAUUGUCCAAUAGAUUUCAAAGUUUUGGUGAUGUUAGUGCUAGUGUCGACGGUGGUCAAUGUAUUUUCAGAUGAUUCGUUGACUUUUGAAUCCAAGGGUUUCUACCAAGAGAAUGUCACUUCUCCUGCAAUAUUCAGAAAGCAGGGUGGGUUCAUGAGAAGUACUCUAGCCUCUUUGUCAGUGACAGUCUUCUCUGAAUUGGGCGACAAGACGUUUUUUCUGGCCGCUAUUUUGGCGAUGAAACACUCCAGAUGGCCAGUUUUCGUUGGAGCUAUGUCAGCCAUGAUUCUCAUGAUGAUAGUCGCAGUUGUGUUUGGACUAGCGGCCAGUCUCAUACCACGAGCAUUCAUUCAAACAAUGUCGACUGUCAUUCUGGCUCUGUUUGGACUGAAGAUGCUGAAAGAAGGCUCCUCCAUGCGACCUGAUGAAGGGGCUAUCGGCUUCAAGCACUGUCAGAACUCCAUCGAGAAUAUAGGGGAAAAGAGUUUGGCUCUUACUCAAGCGUUUACAUUGACUUUACUUGGAGAAUGGGGAGAUCGAUCUCAGAUAGCAACUAUACUUCUUGCCUCAACUGAAGAUGCCUUUGGUGUAUUUUCUGGAGGGAUUGUAGGCCACAUAUUCUGUACAGGAGCGGCUGUAAUUGGUGGAAGCUUGGUAGCUGAUAAAAUACCUGUGAAAACAAUGACGUCUAUAGGUGGAGUUAUAUUCCUCAUAUUUGCUGUCUCCUCAUUAUUCAUCAGUUGACCCUGGGUUAAGGCAGUUUCUCUUUAUUAAUUUUAUACUUGAUUCUUAGUUAUUUCUUAGGCUGAUUUGUGGUUUGAAAUUUUUACUUUCCCAAUAAUGUGAGGAGGCAUGAAUACAAUUAUGCAUCUGUUGUAUGUUGUAAUGACUUAUACCAGGACUUCCUUUAUAUCUAGGUACCCUAGUAUAUAGGAGGUCCUGCUUAUACAGUAAAAGAUUUUAUUUUGAGAUUCCAAUGUAUCAUUUUCUUAAAUUCUUUCUCUUCAAUAUUUAAGCAUAUAUCCAAUAUAAAUUCGCUCUAUCAGAAUCUGCAAAUCUGCUCUAUCAGAAUAUUGUUUUUACUGUGUUUUAUAAAACUCUAAAUUCUUGA